AUGACCCACUUACAAGCUGGACUUAGUCCAGAGACUAUAGAGAAAGCCCGCCUGGAACUGAAUGAAAACCCAGACAUUCUGCAUCAGGAUAUCCAGCAAGUCAGGGACAUGAUCAUCACGAGGCCUGACAUUGGGUUUUUACGUACAGAUGAUGCCUUCAUCUUGAGAUUUCUCCGAGCCAGAAAGUUUCACCAAACUGAGGCGUUCAGACUGCUGGCUCAGUACUUCCAGUACCGCCAAUUAAAUCUGGAUAUGUUCAAAAACUUCAAGGCUGAUGACCCAGGAAUCAAACGGGCUCUGACAGAUGGGUUCCCGGGGGUGCUGGAAAAUCGCGACCAUUGUGGCAGGAAGAUUCUUCUGCUUUUUGCAGCCAACUGGGAUCAGAGUAGGAACUCCUUCAUAGACAUCCUUCGGGCUAUCCUACUGUCCUUGGAAGUGCUCAUCGAAGACCAGGAGCUUCAGAUAAAUGGCUUCAUUCUAAUUAUAGAUUGGAGCAACUUCUCCUUCAAGCAAGCCUCCAAGCUUACGCCGUCUAUCCUCAAACUGGCCAUUGAAGGGUUACAG